CGAAGAGGAAGAAGAAGAAGAAGAACACCCUUGUAAGCGAACGCGAAGGCUGAUUUGGCAUAUAUCAGCUGGCAACAAUAGACAAACGGACGUGUGAGAAGCGUGGUCCAUCGACUCUCCGAAUUAUGGCUGUCCAAGUGCAUUUGACCAAUGAAGUGUUCAUGUCCGAGUUAACACUCAUGUUCCACAAUUCAAGGAAAGAAGGGACAGUUACUACUUCAAUUAAGAGAUAUGAUGGACGCACAAGGCCUGUUCCUAAAGCUCGAAGAAUCAAGAAAGGAAAGAAAAUUCAAGUUGUGGAACCUAAGGCACCUCUUCCUGUUCCAGAUGAAUUUAGUUGUUUGAUUCGUGCCAAAUCAAAGACCAAGAAAAUAAGCACUGUGGUAUCUGCUGAAGAUGUUCUUAAAUUCCAGCUUCAGUUUUGCCAGUUCCUUAGAUCUAACAUGGAUGGGCUUAAGAAAGAAAAGAAAGCAAAGAAGAAAACUAAAAAAGCUACCCAAUAGGAGCUGUAUUUGUACUUCAGUAAAGCUGAACAUUACCUUUUCAAGGUAUACUUGAGAGAGAAGGGAAGGCAGAAACUAUGAGGUUUGGGUUGGUCACUAGGUGCACCCUAUCACAAAGCAUGUCUCUGACGCAGGUCUGUACAUUUUGACUUGCAGUACUGUGAAUGCAAAACAGGCUGUGAUGUAUAAUAAUUAAGAUAAGAUUUAGUUUUAAGCUUUGAAAAAUUGACUGUGUAAAAUUUUGUAUAAAAGCUGACGUGUUACUUAUAAUGCCAGAUGCCUUGAUAGUUAAAAUGAGAUUUAUAUUUUCAAAUCUUUAAAAACACUUGAUGCAUUUGAAAUUUCAGUGUAAAUUUAUUGUAUGUUUAUUUUUGGGAGGAAAAUUUAGUUGGUAAAAUUGUUAUUGGCAAGCCAUUCAGUGUUGUUAACUACAGCUGUUUAACCAGAUUACGUACUGGGUUACACUGCUGGAUUUUCAUAAUACUGGCCUGAAGAAUUUCAUCCUAAAGGGUGAAUAUGAAAACAGCAACAUUGUUAGAUAAUGUGUGUGUAUACAAAUAUCAACAGAAAGCAUUGGAAUUUGGGGCCAAAAGAAUUUUGCAGAGAACCUUAAAUAAUGCUUGCAGUGUUGCACAAGGUCCAUUGUAGGUGGUAUCACCCUUUUGGAUGAAAUCUGGAGAGGAAAACUUUAAACGAGCAACUUGAAUGCAGUGGUGUGUAUUGAUGUAUACUAUCUGCCACAAGAUUAGUUAUCUGCCAUCUGCAUUUCUUCUUUUAAUUGCCAGUUUUUAUCAAUUUAUUAUACUGCAUAUGAGAAACCCAAAUACUCAAGAGCAGCAUUGCCAGAUUUUUCACUCCCAUUAGCCAGUCAUUCUCCUUUACCCACUGCAGAAGUUUACCAUGACUUGCUGUAGAUAAUGUUUGAUUCCCCCCCCCACAGAAAAGGUCAAGUUUUAUUUUUUAAAAUACUUCUGUACAUAUUUCUUUACAAAAUUUCCAUAAUCUAAUUUUAUCCAUUAUCAUAACGAGUUCUACUCAGGAUGCAAAAUUUCUUGUCCAUGUCAUGAAGUGAGAAUGCCACUUCUACACCUAUGCUUGCAAAGUUUCCUCAUCGAAAUUAAAUUUGAAGUUUUCUGCAACUUUACUUAUGAGUAAUUUAAUUUAGAAAGUUUGUGACCUCUUGAGGUUGUUAGUAGUCCUUUUUCAAUAUGGGAGAUAAUAGGGGUAUAGGUAUUCAGAGUGAACGACAAGCUAUAUGAAAUAUUUAAUUACUUUUAUAUAAGUUCCUUGGAUUUCACAAGAAUCUUUGUAAGGAUACAAAAUUCUUGGAUUCAGUGGUAAUACAUAUUUGGCUUUUCCUCAAAUAUUGAGUUCCUUAUUAGUUGGGCCUGAUAAAACUACUUAAGACCUUUUGGUAUAAUGGAGUUCAACACUGAAUAGGUGCUUUUGACUGACUGCACUAAAAAUUUCCUGGGUUGUGUAUGAAGCACUCCUAGGUUGCAGCUGUCAUGCCCUAAGUGUUCAGUGUGGCCAAUGGUCUGCCUGUGUAACUUUGGCUGAUAGGAAAGUGCUUCCUUUAUAUGACUAGAAAAUAUCCCACCUCAGGUUGUCUGUUGUUUUUAAUGGUUUUUGUUGUAAAAUAAAAAAAUUGAGAACAUUGAGUCAUUAUUUCUCAUUACUGAAGAAACUGACUUUCUAACCAUGUCAGUACCUCAGUAUAUUUGUUAAUAAAAGGUAAACUAAU